AUGUCACAGCUACAAUUUACCCCCUGGAAAGAGCAUUCCCAGCUCCUUGCUGUACGGUAUCAAUUCUAUCCGCCGCCCAGCUACAAGGGACCGGAUUUGCGGGCCACGGCCUCAGCUCUUGUGUGGACUUGGAAAAUUCGAGGGAAUUUGCCCCAUGCAGUCGAGGCUACUGCGCUAUUGACGGACGCCUUUUUGCACGACCACCCACAGAAAAAUUCGAUUUUUUCGAUAAGAGCGACAUAUUCCUCUGCCUUUUGCAGAUUCGUUACUGGUCUGGUAGACUCAAAGCUAUAUGGCAGGAAACAGACUAUGUACCACAAGGCAACGGCACUAGGCGUGCCUGCGUCCUUUGUGGAGCUUCGUCAUGAAGCUACUCAUCGCGAAUUGCCAUCUUUGGCAGCACUACGGACCGCAGCUCAACGAUCCCUUGAUUGGUUAUGGAAUUACUACUGGGUAAAGCUUGAAGAGGGUAUUCUCUUUAAAAACUAUCCGCUUGACCCCUCAAACGAGCAAGUAUUGAGCGAUUCGAUAUGGAAUAUUGUGUCUGCCAUGGCCGAACAAAGAGCAGGCUUCAGUGAUCCUCGCAAAAACGAGUACUUGGACGAAAGCCGAAGUCCAGCGUUGAUGAUUAACGAGCUUACAAAAAUUUGUGAGUGUGAUGACCGUGGAGGAGUAUUUCUUGCAAAGGCACUUUUGCGUAGAGGCAUUUUGAUACCGGAAUCUCGAAGUUCGACCAGUCAAAUGAACCAAUUAUUCACGUUAUGGGAUGGGUUUUUGACUGAAAUGUGUCAAUUAUACAGACCCUUUCUGACCCAAUUCACUGAGGCCAUGGCAAACGUUUUGGUCGCGCCUACAUCACUAAAUUCCGAAGUUGACACAUACAAAGAGAUUGUCUACGCUUGGUUCAAGCAUGUUCUGGAUUCAAGUUCUUGGUCUGCUCUCCGAAAGAAGUAUUUAUUCUUGUCGUAUACUCAAGGAUUAUUUGAAAGCACAACCGGGCACUGGGCUGAGAAGGCGCAGGAAUUGGUUGCAAGCUGUAGCUCUGAGGAGGAGGUUACCCUCAAGGGAGAGGUAGCAAUUAAUGAAACAGACGGGAAUCCGGUAAUGGGCGUGGUUGAAAUUUCAGAUGAAUCCGACACAGAAAUGCUGAGGGAGUUUGGCUGGAACAUUAACAGAAAACGAAGUUUCAAGCCCAUCGGGAUGGUCUAG